AUGGAUUGGGAACCGGGCGCCGUCGUGGCCAACUGCGAGGGAAAUGAGCUGCCCGAAAAGCGGACCGUGGCCUGGCCCGCGACUGGACGACUAGCGACCAGCCAUCUCAAUCUGAGCUCGGUGCUAGCAGCCAUGGCCCCUCUUGGCUGGAGCGAUCCGACGAGGUCUGGCUUCUUCCCAGCACCCAGCCACGAAAUAUCGGGCCGCCCUCAACCUCAAACUCAAACCACAACCCACGAGGAGGUUCAAAUCACCCUCCCUCAACACAAGCCAGCCGGACGGGAGGGUCAAUUCUCUUCUCUCCCCCCAAGUGCCGAUCUAGUUCCUCACCGUGGUGAACACCGCGUCGAAGAAGAGAUCCGUAUUACGCGCGAGGAAGAACGCCACCGCCGUCCCGGUUCACGCCACUCUGAACGCUUCGUAAAGGAAGAGUUCAAAUCUAUUCCACCUCCUCCUCGCGACUACACUGAGACUCAGGUCAAGGUUGACUCUUCUCGCCGCCACUCAAACCCCAUUGACGCUGCCGAGCGUGAAUACCGAGAACGUUUCCGUCCUCAACCUCAACCCCAAAGCUCUACCGGUCUUGAACUAGUUCAAGUUCGCAAGCCUCGACACUCUCACCACCACUCCCACCACCACUCCGAGAAGCCCAAGGGUACCGAGUUCACCGUUGAAGAACGUACCACUGUCUCUCGUCCCAACUUCCGUGAGGAAAUCAAGAUCACAGAAGAAAUUCGCGAGUCUUCUCCCGUUGAACAAUCAGCCAAGAUGGGUUACUACGAUGAUGAGGGCCACCACCACUCUAUCCGCCAAGGCGUAGCCAAGGCUGUGGACAAGCUCCUCCCCCAUCACCAUCACCACCACCAUCACCAUCACAACAACAACAAAAAUAAUAACACCACUACUGUCACAGAGCAAAUUGAUAUUGUUGAUGUCCACCACGAUGCUAACACGCCUCACCGUGCAGCCGCCCCUGCCACCGAGCAGCAGCCCAACACUGUCUCCAUCCCUUGCCACCACAUCCGCCUGGGUGACUUCUUGAUGCUGCAGGGCCGUCCUUGCCAGGUCAUCCGCAUCUCGACCUCGUCUGCCACUGGCCAGUACCGCUACCUCGGUGUUGACCUCUUCACCAAGCAGCUGCACGAGGAGUCUUCCUUCAUUGCCAACCCUGCCCCCAGCGUUGUUGUCCAGACCAUGCUCGGCCCCGUCUUCAAGCAGUACCGUGUCCUCGACAUGGCUGACGGCUACGUCACCGCCAUGACCGAGACUGGUGAUGUCAAGCAGGGCCUGACCGUCAUUGACCAGUCCAACCUGUGGUCUCGUCUCCAGCAGGCUUUCGAGUCUGGCCGCGGCAGCGUCCGUGUCCUCGUUCUCAACGAUGGCGGCCGUGAGCUCGCUGUUGAGAUGAGAGUCAUCCACGGCUCCCGCUUGUAA